CGUAACUUGACGAACAGUAGAAUAAACCCUAAGGGUUUCCUUCGUUUCUCUAUUUAGUCUCACAUUUUGCGCCGCCACGCUGCUUCUGCUUUACCCCGAAGGCCUCUCCCUGUGAAAUCCGGCGAGCUGAGACUCAUCCACCGGCGUCGAAAAUGGUUGCGGAGAAGAAAUCGAAGAAGUCCCAUGAGGGAAUCAACAGCAGAUUAGCUCUGGUGAUGAAGAGUGGCAAAUACACUCUUGGUUACAAAUCUGUUCUCAAAUCCCUUCGCAGUUCCAAAGGUAAGUUGAUUCUUAUCUCUAGCAAUUGCCCACCGUUGAGGAGAUCAGAGAUUGAGUACUACGCUAUGCUUGCUAAAGUCGGAGUUCAUCACUACAAUGGCAACAACGUCGAUCUUGGUACUGCCUGUGGUAAAUACUUUCGAGUUUCUUGCCUCAGCAUCGUCGAUCCAGGUGAUUCAGACAUCAUCAAGUCACUCCCUGGAGACCAACGUAAUGUUUGGUUUCCUUUGCUUCUAGACCUCGUUAUGCCGCCCCACUGCUCCUGUUUCAACCCUGAAGGCAUCUUCUUGAUAAUCCGGCGAAUCUGUGACUCUUCCCGGCGUCGAAAAAUGGUUGCGGAAAAGAAGUCGAAGAAGUCCCAUGAAGGAAUCAACAGCAGAUUAGCUCUUGUCAUGAAGAGUGGCAAGUACACUCUUGGCUACAAAUCUGUUCUCAAAUCCCUCCGCAGCUCCAAAGGUAAGUUGAUUCUUAUCUCCAGCAAUUGCCCUCCGCUAAGGAGAUCAGAGAUUGAGUAUUACGCUAUGCUUGCUAAAGUCGGAGUUCAUCACUACAAUGGCAACAAUGUCGAUUUGGGUACUGCUUGUGGUAAAUACUUCCGAGUGUCUUGCCUCAGCAUCGUUGAUCCAGGUGAUUCAGACAUCAUCAAGUCACUUCCUGGAGACCAGUGAUUAUGAUUUGCUCGAUCGUUUAUGAUUUUGCCAUGUUUAUCUCUCUGCUUUAUGAAAACUCUCAUGUGUUGUUACUUCAGAAAGACUUAAAAUGUUAGGUUUCUUUUGGUUUCCUUCUUAUGGUUUAAUGAAAUUUUCGUCUCCAUAACAAUGAAAUGCUCUGCUUUUGUUAUCUACUCCAGCCAUUGUUCAACAAAUUUGCAUUCAACACAAAUAUUCAUCGUAGUUUUUUCUACAUGUAAA